UUGAUCCACGUUUCCUUGCAAGUGCUUCCGUAGCUCGAAAUCCAAUCACCGGUAGAUGUUCCCGGCAGAUUUUCCCUCACUUUCUCUCGCAUUUUCUCACCGAUCCUGCUCAAUUUCCUGGGAUUAUCCUGGGGCCUACGCUCCUCGUUCCUAUGGCUGAAUGGAGCCAGAUGCCCGAGGACCUCCUCGAACUCAUCGCGCGACGUCUCGACACGCAGUUCGACGUCCUCCGAUUCCGAUCCGUCUGCUCCUCGUGGCGUUCCUCGGUCGCGCCGAGCCCUAGCCCCUCCCGGCGCGGUCGAUUCCCGAUCCUCCCGAACGACGGGAUCUCCGACGCGGCCUGGGGAUUCCACCUCUCCAGGCGCACCAUCUUCCUCCUCGGAGUGCCCCGGACCCGCGACCAAACCGUCCCCAGCGGGUGGCUGCUCAAAGUCAAGGAGGACGUCCCCCGGAGCAUGAAUCUACUGAACCCCCUCUCCAGGUGUCCAUUCACUUCUCUCCCUGAGGACUUUCCGAGAGUUUUGGAUUUGAUGAAUCUGCACGUGCUGGAGUUAGGGCACGAGUAUGUGUUGCAGUACAUGAGUUAUCGUCCUUGUGGUAAUGAUGGUCAUCUGUACAUGGAGAAGGUUGUUUUUUUGUGUUUAGACAGCGGAAAUGAUUUUGCCCUGCUCACGAUUCACGUGUCUGGGAAAUUAGCCAUGUUUAAAUCUGGGGAAAAACGGUGGUCCAUCAUUCAGGACAUGCCGUCGCCGUAUGACGACGUGAUAUUGUUUAAGGGGGAGUUUUAUGCCGUCGAUGGCACUGGGAGGACUGUGGUUGUCGGGUUGGAUUUGGGUGUGACCUUGAUUGCGCAAUCAAACUGGGGGGGUGACAAGAAGUUCUUGGUGGAAUCUGUCGGCGAACUGCUGUUGGUCGAUAUGUAUUUGAGCUUGGAUGCGGAGAACGAUCAUGAUGGUGUAGUCGCAGAGUUACCAGAGAAUUUUGAUUACUUUAUGAGGGAGAGGACAGUCAGGUUUAAGGUUUACAAGUUGGACAGAGAAGAGAAGGAAUGGAACGAGGUGAAAGAUUUAGGGGAUAGGGUGUUGUUUCUGGGAGAUGAUUGUACAUUUUCUGCUUCAGCUGCAGAUUUAAGGCCUUGUAAAGGGAAUUGCAUAUUUUUUGCGGAUAACUGGGAAGUGGAAAGAGCUUUGAAGAGCCCUGAGAUUGGUGUCUAUGAUAUGGAUAGUGGCAUCAUUGGACCUUUAGAAGAUUAUGCAGGUUAUUCGGAGUUGUUCUGGCCACCUCCGGAUUGGAUUGCUUCAAGGACCUCCGAAGUUCAAAAUCAAUUGGAAACACUGGCAGCGUAAUGCGGAGGUUGGUUUUCUUGGAUAUGGGGUGAUGCUGCAGUUGAAUCGGCAGUGUACAUGAAUAUUUGCAGUAAGAAAGGACUAGAGAGGUUUAUUCAGCUCACUGCAUGGAACCAACGCAACUCCUAUCCACGCCGAAUGAAGGCAAUAAGGUGGUUUGGUUAGGUGACAACACAUCCUCUGAAUAACUGAUUAUGAGCUUAAUGCUCGGAUCCACCAAGAGCACCUGCAUCUCUGCACAGGUCUUGUUAUAUAUUUGACUGUUUAUUAAGGAUGUCGCUAGACGGAAUAACGGGAAAUACUGCUUCUCUGCUCCUUAGAGCCUGCCGUCUAUGUUAAUUGAUGCAGAGGCAGAGAGAGCAGUUCAGUGUACAUAGAUUGGGAAGGCCAUUCUUUUUUUAAGCUAUGGAAAGUAUGGUCUUGUGACUGUCUUUUACCCCGUGUAUUCGCUUAUGGAUGCUUUUCUUAAUGUGCGUUAUGCUUCAAGGUCUUUCCUAA